UUUUUUCUUCUCUUAUUAUGUAACUUGGGGCCUCGAUUAUGUAAAUUGGUUUUUGGCAUUCUCAUACCAUUUUGAAUUGAGAAGUUGAUAUUUUUAUGUCUUCUCUUAUUAGCAAUUGAGGAGCGUGUAUGUAGUUUGUCGUGUUUUUACUCUACAAGGGUUCUUAGGAGGAGAAUAAAUUUGUGUGGGCCUGAGCUGUUAAAGCUGUUGUUGUCAGUAGAACUUUUGGUUUAACUGGGUUUUUUGUUUUGUUGGAAUUGGAAAUAGCAAUUUGAAUGCCUCUUUCUCAUCAAUUAUAGACUUCUGGGUUUUUCUUCUUUGUUUGGUUUCUCCGGGGUCUCUUUCAUAUUUCACCAUCCAAAACCCUAGUUACCAUUCUAUGAAUUCACCGCUGCAUUAAAUUUCUAUUUUUCCCACCCUGUUUAAGACUGCCAUUUAUUGCAUCUUUGAUUUUAUGGUUUUCAGAUAUUUCUCAUGGUCCAACUGAACUUCGUUGCCUUUUUUGUUCAUCAAUCGGUCAGCAAUCCACAAGAGUCCAAAUUUUGAAUUGUGGAGCAAAUCACUAUUGAAAUCUUCACAUACUUCACUAAGUUUAGUGAUUUUUAUUGGAGGCGAUCCCUGCUUUGGUUUCAUUGGCGUUUUCUUGGUCCGUUUGUUUCUCCUCUUCUGCUUACCUAUGUAGUCUGACAUCUCUGCUUCUCAUAAUUUAGCCCACCAUCGAACUUGUUAUUGGAAUCCCACUAUAAGAAUAAUUCAGAUCCGAUUUUGAAGAGCAAGUCCAGAAAGUUCAAAGCUUUGGUGCUGGGUUUAGCCUAGACCAUAGAGUAGUUUAUUAGAUUUCUGUGGUUAAUAUUCUGGAUAGUGGAUUCAGGAUAAGCUAGAUGACUGUGGAUGAAGCGGGUAGUGACUCCAUAUGGAGUAGAGAGCAAAAUAAGGCUUUUGAGAAUGCCCUGGCAACUCAUCCGGAAGAUGGUUCAGAUCGAUGGGAGAAAAUUGCAGCUGAUGUACCAGGGAAAACCCUAGAAGAGAUUAAACAUCACUACGAGCUCUUGGUUGAUGAUAUUAACCAGAUUGAAUCUGGCUGUGUGCCUCUGCCUUCCUAUAAUUCCUCUCUAGAGGGUUCAACAAGCCAUGCCGGUGAUGAAGGAACUAAUAAGAAGGGUGGCCAUUUGGGUCAUUAUAACAGUGAGUCUAAUCAUGGAAGUAAGGCUUCAAGGUCAGAUCAGGAACGCCGUAAAGGGAUUGCUUGGACAGAAGAUGAGCACAGAUUAUUUCUUCUUGGUUUGGACAAAUAUGGGAAAGGGGACUGGCGAAGUAUAUCUCGAAACUUUGUGGUGACACGAACACCUACACAAGUGGCAAGCCAUGCACAAAAGUACUUCAUCCGUUUGAAUUCGAUGAACAAAGAUAGGAGGCGAUCAAGUAUUCAUGACAUCACAAGUGUUGGCAAUGGAGACAUUUCGGCACCCCAAGGACCAAUUACCGGUCAAACAAAUGGUGGUUCUGCAGGAGGUUCCUCUGGCAAAUCAACCAAACAAACUCCUCAGCCCCCAGCUGGGCCGGCAGGUGUUGGCAUGUAUGCCACUCCAACUAUAGGGCAACCAAUAGGAGGAUCCCUUGUCUCAGCAGUUGGUACCCCAGUGAGUCUUCCUACAGGAGGCCAUAUGGCAUAUGGUGUAAGAGCCCCUGUACCUGGAGUUAUGGUUCCUGGUGCCCCAAUGAAUAUGGGUCCAAUGGCAUAUCCAAUGCCGCAUACAUCUGCACAUAGGUAAUGUGCCAUUUAGCUGCAACAUGUUCAAAGGACAGAAGACUUGGUGCUUAUGCUCUUGUUGGGUUUUUGGAAUCCCUUUAGAUCAAAGCCUGAAUAUUUUUGCUUAUAUGGCACAAGAAGUUUAAUGUUUAAGGUCAUUUGUCUAUUUUUGCAUCCGUUUGAAAUAAGGUGUAUGGGUAGGAAUUACCUGAAUCUGUAUAGACAACUCUGGAAAAGGUGGCAGUAUUUAUAAGUAGGACAGGAUUCUAGUUUGUUUGUCUUACAAACAUUUUAAGAGCAAUUAUUAGUCUUUAGAGAGGUAGUCAGUGCUUAAGUUGUAAAGAACCCCUUUUAUAUCUUUUACUAUUUUGAGUAGCAUAUCUAAGCCACCAGGCUUUGCUAUGUAUUUUAUUUGACCUAUCCUUUGUUGAUU